UAAACACCCAAUAAUGCAUCAAAAAUUUCAUCCCGUCCAUGGUUUCCUUAUAGAAACAAAGACGAUGAAGAAGGCCAUUCAACUCUUGUUUCUUGUCACUGUAACAGCGUGGGCUGUUACUGCCACGCCCCAGCCGCCGUACAUUCAGCAGGUGGUGGAGAUCCACCGCCUACGGCCUCAGACGGGGUCCGCCGGCCACCGCGUCCCGCAGAUCGACUGCCUCAGCUGGCGUCUCGGGGUGGAGACAAACAAUAUCCGUGGCUGGAAACUGGUCCCGUCCGACUGCGAAAACUACGUCGGCCAUUACAUGCUCGGGAAGCAGUACAGGGACGACUGCGAGGUAGUCGCCGACGCCGCCAUCGACUACGCCAACAGCCUCACACUCUCCGGCGACGGCAAGGACAUUUGGGUCUUUGACAUCGACGAGACUACCCUCUCUAACUUGCCUUACUAUGCCCGCUCCGACGUCGCUUUCGGGGCCAUAGCUUAUAACUCAACCAAGUUUAACGAAUGGGUGAGAGAGGCAAAGUCGCCGGUGAUUCCGGCGAGUCUCCGGUUGUACAACGUCUUACUCUCUUUGGGGAUUAGGCCGGUAUUCCUAACAGGAGUAAGAGAGGUACAGAGAGAAGCUAGAGCCACUAAUCUACUCCAAGCCGGUUAUCAUAAUUGGGAAAAGCUAAUUUUCAAGGGAGUGAAUGAAAGUGGGUCAGGUGUUGUGUUCAAGUCCGGGAAGAGGACGGAGCUGGUGAACGCCGGAUAUAGGAUCGUCGGGAACAUGGGAGAUCAAUGGAGUGAUCUGCUCGGACCGGACGCCGGAGAUCGGACGUUUAAGGUGCCGGAUCCAAUGUACUACAUUGCGUGAAUGGAAGAGUAAAUCUUGGACAAAUUUAACGAUUUAAUUUAUGCCAUAAAUAAAUAUGUACUUCAUCUCAUAAUCUAAAGAGUUACUUGGGUGUAAUAAUGUGAAUUGAUACCUUAGUAUAUUUCGAAUUAUCAUUGUAUAAUAAUCAGAUAUUUUUAGAGUUAUAACCUUUAAUUUU